GGAAGGGGGUCAUGCCCCCCUCCCAGGGAUGCCCGGGUCUGAAAGAGGGUAAAACGGCUUAGGGAACCUGGGCCUGAGUACACUCGAGUCCAGUCCACGCUACCUUUGUCUCGGGGUGUGGAGUGUGUUGUGCGACUUGUGUAUUGCUUUUUGUUUUCUGGCUGAAUGUGUGGGUAUGUAUGUAUAUGAUUUCUUUUAUUCCGCACCAGCUAUCUGACUGUUUGGGUCUCUUGAGUGUGUGCCCGUGUCUGGUGAAACUGCACCAUUUAUUGCUGUGUCUUUGGGGAUAUGUGUGAGCAUGGGCAGACUUGACUGUCCCCUGUUUCCCAGGCGUGUGCUGGUGUUUGGGAAUGUAUUUUAAAAUCUGGGUUUCUGUUUUCCCCGGGUGUGAAAGUGUGAGUGUGCGACUGUGUAAAUCUCUGUGAUUUCUUUGUUAUUGUGUGUUUGACAUAGUGUCUUUGGGUAGAUGUGUGAGCGCAUGUGAAAUGCUUCCCGAGCCCGUCUUUGGACAGUGUGUGGCUGUUGCGAUGUGUGCGUGUCGUACGUUUCCAUGCCGUGGCUCUUUGUGGACAAUUUGUUUAUCUUGUGGUCUUCGGGUACAUGACGUGCAAAGGUAGUUUUAUGGCCUGUUUCUGACUUGGGAUAUUUGUGUUCUGCAAGAGAUGUGUGUGUGUGUGUGUGCCGGGGGGUUGGAUGUGUUUGCUUCUCCUUUGUGAAUAUUGGGAUAUGUUUCUCUUUGUGUGUGAAUCCCGUGUGGCCAUGUGCGAUUUGUUUGUUUUGGGUGUUUGGCUACGUUCAUGUGUGGAUGGGUCCCGGUGUGCUUCGGUCUGUGAACGCUUCUUACCCUGAGACAUAAUCAAGUUCCAGCCUCGGCGAGGACUUCUACCGGGAGGCCAUCGAGCACUGCCGCAGCUACAACGCGCGCCUGUGCGCCGAGCGCAGCCUGCGCCUGCCCUUUCUCGACUCGCAGACCGGUGUGGCCCAGAACAACUGCUACAUCUGGAUGGAGAAGACCCACCGGGGGCCUGGUUUGGCCCCAGGACAGAUCUACACUUACCCCGCCCGCUGCUGGAGGAAGAAACGGAGACUCAACAUCCUGGAGGACCCCAGGCUGCGGCCCUGCGAGUACAAGAUCGAUUGUGAGGUGCCCCUGAAGAAGGAGGGUGGCCUUCCAGAAGGGCCCGUCCUCGAGGCUCUGUUGUGCGCCGAGACAGGAGAGAAGAAAGUGGAGCUGAAGGAGGAGGAGACCAUCAUGGACUGUCAGAAACAGCAGUUGCUGGAGUUUCCGCAUGAUCUCGAGGUAGAAGACUUGGAGGAAGACAUUCCCAGGAGGAAGAACAGGGCCAAAGGAAAGGCAUAUGGCAUUGGCGGUCUUAGGAAACGCCAGGACACCGCUUCCCUGGAGGACCGAGACAAGCCGUACGUCUGUGAUAUCUGUGGGAAGAGGUAUAAAAACCGUCCAGGGCUCAGCUACCACUACACCCACACCCACCUGGCUGAGGAGGAGGGGGAGGAGCACACUGAGCGCCACGCCCUGCCUUUCCACCGGAAAAACAACCAUAAACAGUUUUACAAAGAAUUGGCCUGGGUCCCUGAGGCACAGAGGAAACACACAGCCAAGAAAGCACCAGACGGUACUGUCAUCCCCAAUGGCUACUGUGACUUUUGCCUGGGAGGCUCCAAGAAGACUGGGUGUCCCGAGGACCUCAUCUCCUGUGCAGAUUGCGGGCGAUCAGGACAUCCCUCGUGUUUACAGUUCACGGUGAACAUGACCGCGGCCGUGCGGACCUACCGUUGGCAGUGCAUCGAAUGCAAAUCCUGCAGUCUGUGUGGCACCUCAGAGAAUGACGGUGCCAGCUGGGCGGGUCUCACCCCCCAGGACCAGUUGCUGUUCUGUGAUGACUGCGAUCGGGGUUACCACAUGUACUGCUUGAACCCUCCCAUGGCGGAGCCCCCGGAAGGGAGCUGGAGUUGCCACCUCUGUCUCCGGCACUUGAAAGAGAAGGCCUCUGCUUACAUCACCCUCACUUAGGCCUGGCUCUGCUCCUCCAGGACCUUUGGGUGGUGCUAACUUUCCUGCCUCGAGGAGCUCCUGGCUCUUCCCACCCAGUGUCCCCAGAGGGAGGGAGGGGGUGAGACCCAGAGGGGGAACCGAGGCGUUCUCCCUCUGCAAGUGGAAUGUACCCUGUGGGUGGGUGGGUCCUGUAGGGCUCCUCCUGCCCCCCUCCAUCCCUUGGCAAAUGGGCACCAGGGGCUUCUGCUCCCCUCAAAGCCAUACCCCGCCUCUGGGCGGGCAUAGGGGGGUAGUGGAUGCCAGCUGGGGGCACGGAAAAGCCUUUUUCUAAAGAAAAAGACAAAAAGUUAAAAAAAAAAAGGAAAUUAAUAUAUACAAAGAGUCCUAUAAAGCCUGGCUGGGUGGAGGGGCACAGCGAAGUGUCUGCUGGGUACCAACGUUACCAGUUUCCUGACUGGCCCCUCCCCGCCCUGUUUCUGGGGUUGCAAUUGUCUCAACUCCCCAUCUGAGGUGGGCCCCACUCCUUCCUCACACCCAGGCCAGGUGGGCAUCGAGCCCACCUACUGCCCUCCCCCAGUACCCACCGUGGAUACUGCAUGAUGUGAAACCAUGGUUUUGAACUCUUCCUGCCCCUCCUGGACAGCCCCACCCUGCGCCCACCCGGUGCCUGCCAGGCCCGGGGCAUGCGCUGGGGAGGCGGGUGGGGUGAGGCAGGCAGGCAGCCAGCCCGCUGCAUCGAGAAGCACAGAUUGCAAUGGACUCAUUUUUUUUCCUCUCUCCUCGGCCCCUUCCCUACCCGGCCAGGCCGGGCUGCCUCCUACCCCCACCUCCCCAGCCACUUUGGGGGUGGCGAGGGGGUGUGGUUGUUUCUUGUGGUUGUGUGUGUUUGUUGUUCGGGUUUUAAAAAGGGAAAUCGAGACGGCAAGUGGGGGAGGUGGAGGGUCUGGGGGAGUCUACCCCCAAUCCAGGAGUACCCCCCUUGCCACCAAGUCUCCUUUAUUGCCUGCCUCUGCUGUGAAUUAACUUGUUCUGUGUAUUAAACUGGGCCUGACCCCUCUACCAA